AAGGACGAAAGGUUGCUGUGAUCUUGACUCCUGAUAUGACUGCUAACCUGUCACUUCUCAUUAGUAAGAGGAAAGAGUGUGGAGUAACUGAAAACAACAAUUACCUCUUCGCGAUUCCUUGUAGUGAUGGUCACUACAGAGGGCAGUUUGGUCAAUUUGCAGAUGCUUGUGGAGCCGAAGAUCCUCAAAACCUCCGAUCAACUAACCUUCGCAAACAGAUCGCCACAAUAAGCCAAGUCAUGAACUUGAAAGAUAAUGAACUGGACCAACUGGCCGAUUUUCUCGGCCAUGACAUUAGGGUGCAUAGGGAGUACUAUCGACUGCCCCAAUCAACAAUUCAGCUGGCUAAGAUCUCAAAGCUGCUUAUGGCUAUGGAAAAGGGAAGUGUGAAGGAUAUUCAGGGAAAAUCUCUGGAUGAAAUUGGUGAUGAUGUAGACAAUAUGGAUACCGGAUCACAGCAACUCCCUAAUGUUUCCACAUCGCAAGACAAUGAAGAAAUGUUGGCUUCUGUGACUCUUGGAUCACCUCACCUCUCUGAGACUGCAGCUCAAGAUGACCAGGGGAGCGCUGCCUGUGUAGCUUCUGGUUCACCUCAUCUCCCUGACUCAGUUACUCAAGGUUCCCGUGUUUCAAGGCGGUGUGUGAAGAGACCAUGGUCUGAGGAGGAGAUACAUGCUGUGAUGAAACACAUGAGACCUUUUAUUGAAAACGGCGUGACUGUCAACAAUGAGCAGUGCCUGAAGUGCAAGGAAAAAGAACAACCCAUCUUGGACACAAGAUCCAUUCAAAACAUUAGGGAUUUUGUGCGCAACAGAGGUUUGGCCUUUAAGAGGCAUUCAAAUGCUAAACAUUAAAUGGACAGAUUGAGCCUUUCCCUUCCCAGGCAUGUUUUGUCAGAAAUAGUUCAGGUAACUUCUUCAA